AUGGCCGGGGAUAUUGAGAACUCACUUAUCCAGAAAGCCGCUCGCCGGGCGAAGUUAAGUCAGCAAAUCGACGAAGCUCAAAAAGAAAAAUUGAGGGCACAGCGCAGCCAACAGGAGCGAGUUGAAGCCGACCGAAAAAGAAAUGAACGGACACAGCGCAGCCAGCAGGAGAUGAAGAUGAGCAAGAAUAAGCUCGAACUCGUCUGA